CCAAGUGUACCUCAGCUGUGAGAUAAUUGUAGUGUGAUUAACUGGGCUUCUCAGAUCCUUUGGUCUUUCCUGGCUGAUGGACUCAAAGCAAGAAGAGAGAGACAUGCAGAUAUGUGGCAGCGUAUUCAAGAAAGAAGGGUUUAUGGAUUGGAGACGCUAAGAUGGACUCGGCUGACAGCUAUAAAGUGCAAGAUAAGAAAUCAUCCCUCAACCGCCCUUCCUCUACAGUUUCAGGACCAAGUAACAACUCCGGAAAUAAACAGGAACCUCCACCUGUGCUACGUGUCGAUGACCGCCAGCGGCUGGCCCGAGAGCGGCGUGAGGAACGGGAAAAACAGCUAGCCGCACGAGAAAUCCUCUGGCUAGAGAAGGAGGAGCGGGCCAGGCAGUACUAUGAAAAACACCUGGAGGAGCGGAAGAGGAGGCUGGAGGAACAGAGGCUGAAGGAGGAGCGGCGGAGGGCGGCGGUAGAGGAAAAGCGAAGGCAGAGGCUAGAAGAGGACAAGGAGCGCCAUGAAGCUGUGGUACGACGUACAAUGGAAAGAAGCCAGAAACCAAAGCAGAAGUAUAACCGGUGGUCAUGGGGGGGGCCUCUGCAUGGGAGCCCCAGUAUCCGCAGCGCAGAUCCAGACAGGCGGUCAGUUUCCACCAUGAAUCUUUCGAAACACGUCGAUCCGGUCAUUAGCAAGCGGCUCUCAUCCUCCUCUGCGACUUUGCUAAAUUCUCCAGAUAGAGCUCGCCGCCUGCAGCUCAGCCCCUGGGAGAGCAGCGUUGUUAACAGACUCCUGACGCCUACACAUUCAUACCUGGCCAGAAGUAAAAGCACAGCUGCCUUGUCUGGAGAUGCAGCAUCUUCCAGCCCCAUCAUCAUGCCCUACAAAGCUGCACACUCUAGAAACCCAGCGGAACGACCGAAACUCCUUGUAACUCCACCUGAGGGAUCUGCGCGCAGGAAGACCAUCCACAGCACUGUGGGCCACAAAAGAGAGAGAGAGAACGUGCCCUUCCACCUGACCUCUGGCACCCGAAGAACUCUUUCCCCAUCUAAUCCCAAAGGGAGGCCAACAGCGCCCUCACGCCUCUGGCUGCCAUCCAAGUCCUUGCCUCACUUGCCUGGUACACCCCGACCUGUGUCCUCCUUGCCUCCUGGCUCAGUGAAAGCUGCUGCUCAGGCCCGGCCCCCAUCCCCUGGAAACAUCCGCCCUGUCAAGAGAGAAGCCAGAGCAGAACCUGAGAAGAAAGACCCAGAGAAGGAGCCACAGAAAGGUGCCAAUGAGCCCUCACUAAAGGGCAGGACACCUUUGGUGAAGGUAGAGGAGGCCCCCAUUGAAGAGGGGACACCUGUGGAAGCAGAAGCUGGCCCUGCGGCUGCAUCCAUGGCCUCAGCUCCAGCCCCAGAGCCAGCCCCUACUCCGGUGCCAGCUCCAAUCCCUGCUCCGGCUGCAGCCCCAGCCCCAGCCGCAGCCCCAGCACCAUCAUCCACCAUGACUGCCACUGCCGCUCCUAAAACCUCCGCAGGCACCACGGACCCAGAAGAGGCCACGAGACUGCUGGCUGAGAAGAGGCGGCUGGCCCGAGAGCAGAGAGACAAGGAGGAAAGGGAGAAGAGGGAGAAGGAAGAACUGGAAAGACAAAAGAAAGAGGAACUGGCCCAAAGGGUGGCAGAAGAGAGAAGUCGCCGCGAGGAGGAGUCCCGCAGGCUGGAGGCUGAGCAGGCGAGGGAGCGGGAGGAGCAGGCGAGAAGGCAGGCAGAGGAGGAGCGAGAGCGCGUCCAGAAACAGAAAGAAGAAGAAGCUCGCCUGCGAGAAGAAGCAGAGCGAGUCCGGCAGGAACGAGAGAAGCAUUUCCAGAAAGAAGAGCAGGAACGCCUGGAGAGAAAGAAGCGGCUUGAAGAGAUUAUGAAACGAACCAGGAAGACAGAAGCUACAGACAAGAAAACCAUCGAUCAGCAAAAUGGUGACAUAGCCAAGGGAGUGCUCACUGGAAGAACAGAGGUAUCUGCACUUCCGUGUCCGAUGAACUCUCCAGGAAGUAGAGACUCAGCAGGCAGCCCACAUGUAGGCAUAUCACGUCAAUCAAAAGUGGCCCUGGAGGGUACUCCCAAUUUGGAAAAACAACCCAAUGAAAAUGGAGUAUCUGUUCAGAAUGAAUCUUUUGAAGAAAUUAUAAAUUUGCCCAUUGGAUCCAAACCAUCCAGAUUAGAUGUCACCAGCAGUGAGAGCCCAGAAAUUCCUCUUAAUCCAAUUUUGGCCUUUGAUGAUGAAGGGACACUUGGGACCCUACCUCAGGUAGAUGGUGUGCAAGCACAACAGACCGCAGAAGUUGUAUGAGCAUUUCUUCUGAAGAACCAAAGCAGAAAUUUAAUAAGAGUUUCUAUGAUUAAUGGAAUUCCUUUCAUGCUACAAAGGAGCAUCCCCCAUCUCCAGUUUUUCUAAAGAUUUCUUGACCAUCAUUUUGAAAAGACUGAUUAAAACCAGCUAAAGACAACAGACUGGAUAGCUUUUCUAAUAAUUUCCACCAACAGAAAGAAAGAAAUGGUCCUUUAUUCUUCAAUACUUUUUCCAGUGUGCUCCUUCUUAGCAAAUCAAUAUUUUGCAUUCUUUACAAGACAAGAACAUUUAGCUAUCAAAGAAAUGUGCUCACUAGGUGUGGUUUUUUUCACACAGGUAUUUUGGUCUUAAAACCUUAACGAAUAAAAUUGGCAAAAAAAAAAAAUUGACCUUUUACGAUAUAUUACUUGAAAAGUAAGUACCUCUUUGCUCUACAAGUAGAGUAAAUAUGGGAGGUGUUUAAAUUAAACUUGUUUAAAUAUUAUUUCAAAGAGCUCUCUUUGUAGAGGCAAGCUAUAGGCCGAUCAGCAGUUUCUUGUAAUGCAGGCACUUGUACAUGGACAGUCUUCAACCCAGCUGUCAUAUUCUUCUUGCAACUCCCUUUACAAAAAUGUACUACCAAGUUUGAAGAUGUGAGAAAUCGAAAUACCUUAUUUUUUUUUCAGGGCAAGAAAAUAAUUAACUGUCUUAACUAAUGUAUUUAUAACAUUUUUUUCCAAAGAAAUCCAAUAAAUUAGAACAAUGCAACAACAUUAAAAUUUUGCUUUCUUAGAUGCACUCCUGCUGACAUUCCCAUGAGAGAAUGUUGCUGAAGAUUCAGGUCUAUUUCUGAUGUUUGUAUAUUGCUGCUGUCCCUGAUGUUUCUGGUUGGGGGCGGGGGGGAGACUUAUCUUUGCCUUACUGGAUCAAAAAUUAUGUGGGGUUGGGGGGAAUAAAGAUUUCAUAUUUCUUUAAAAACAAUGGUUUUGCUCGUUUCAGAGCAAUAAAAAAUACAAUGAAGUGGUGACUGUGUGGCACACAGGCCGAGGACCUUCCUGGCUGCUCUUGCUCUGUGUGCAUCGGUCAGUGUUUUUCGCUCUCUAUUGUUUUUCUUCCCUUUUGCUGUUGAGCCUCGCUAUACUUACUACCUUGCACUUUCAUUUGCUAAUACAAAUUCUAUAUUAUUUUCCUACCAAGAGACAACUAAUGACUAAACAUUGCAACAGAGAGAAUGCUGAGGGAACACUUUUUUUGUGAACUCUUUAAGAUAAAUUUAUACCACUUAUAAUGUGUUAGUUUUAUACAAAGAGCAGUUGGUUAACCUACCAGAUUGAAUGAGAAACUAUUCAUCUACUGGAUUAUUUCUCUUAAAUCCAAACAUAUGAUCUUUAGCGGUAGCUUGUACUUUGUGGAUUAUUUUUCCCUAUUUUUGGCUGUCCGUGUAUGCAUAGUCAUUAAAAAACUGUUUUACAACAUUGUUUUGUUUAAACCGACCUACUAUAAAACACCAAUAAAAUGUUUGACAUAAUUUUA